AUGGCCUCGACUUCAAAUGAUCCUAGGCUUCUUUACAGCAUAAACAAUGUCCACGCUUUUCAUAUGCAGAACGGUGAAGAGUCUAGCUUGACUCCAUCCGGCCCUCAGACGCUCUCCCUUCUCAUGGUUCCGACGACGACCUCUAUCGCUGAGAACCAAAAUACAGCUUUCUCGUCAGCUCAGGAAACUCAGCCUGAAGAAGAUUUUUAUCUACACUUACACCUCCCUCCAGAGUUGGAUCUGGCUCUUCCCGCCACCACUCAAAUCUACCACCAGCCGCCAAGUAGCUACCUGAUUCCCCGCUGGGAUUUAGGACCAGAUGCAGGCGCAUUCAUUCGUAUCCAAUUUCCUGGAAUUGGUGAUGGUCCCAACAAAGUGACGCAGGAGGAUAUCGAUACCUUUGAAACUAUCCUCGCUCAAUGCACGGCCUUUCAUGAACGUGCGAAGGUCCCGAACGAUCAUGCGUCAUAUAACCCUGCAAGUUUUGCUCCCGGUGAGGGUUAUGUAUCCUCGGCGGGCGCUGCUGGGCCCCAUGGCAAAACGGAUCCGCACGGACGGAUUGUGCUCAUUGAUGAGGAGAAUGGCAGUGUGGUCGGUGAAAUGGAAGGCUAUGAUGUCGUCGAAAACCCCGACGUCAAGCCCGGCUCAAAAAGACCCGUCCAAGUUCAACUGCCUACCGAAGGCGAGGGUAAUGUUGUGAGCGUGAGCAAUGUGUCGGAGGAGUACCUUGCAACGGCGCGGCAUCCCGCCUAUAAAAAUUCGUCUCUCGUUCAGUCGUCGGCCACAGCUUCUCGCUUGAUUGUUACUGGAUCUACAUAUCUUGCCAACGUAAUGACCAGUGGUGCAGAUGCAUUCACUAAAAAGGUCAAACCCAACCCAAAGCCAGCGACCUUCUCAGACGCCACUCAUACUCGGAUUCGGAAGAUUGGAACUUUCUCUAGCAGUGCGGCGGAAAUAUCAUCUAAAACGGUCGGACAGGUUGGCCGCUAUGCGCAAAAUUUCGGGGCUUCCUUGGCCAGCCGCAAGGACGAUGGAAAAGCUCGAGGCGACAACUCUCGAGUGCCCCCUCACGGAAAGCCAGGCAUUCUAAAUAAGUCCCUGAUUGCCUUUUCCACGUUGGCGGAUGGCAUUGAACAAGGCGCACGGAAUGUACUGACGUCUGGGUCGACGGCUGCCUCUACAAUGAUUGGUCAUCGCUACGGAGCGGAGGCCGGGGCGGUCGCCUCCAAUCUGACAGGAGGUAUCAAGAAUGUGGGGUUAGUUUAUAUUGACGCCUCGGGAGUUAGCCGCAAGGCGGUUCUCAAGUCUGUUGCUAAGGGUAUGAUCGUUGGACGCAUGAAGAACGGACAGCAAGUCGUUGUUGGCUCAGGCGACGGUGGAGAUUUGUCCCCCCCCGGGCCGGGUCUCAGUCCGGUGGGAAGACGCCCAUCUCCCAGCCCAACUCCGCCCCCUGCGUACGGCGCUCCGGGCACAUACUCGGUCGGCGGAGCAAGCAUGUCAGGCGGGAAACGUUGAAGCUCUAACGUCAACACAUAAUUGACUUUGUUUUCUUCGGUUUUACGGUUAAUUGUUCACUUAUUCCUCCGUUACAUAGGGCAUACUAUUCUCGACGAGUUACGGCAGGCUGUCUUGUCUUCAAAUUACUUUUGACGUAUGCACGUUCUUGCUGGAAUUUGUGAUACGGUAACGAUACCACUUCUGGGAUGUGAGAGCUGCAGCAGCACUUUAAUUGAUAAAGAAUAUACCUA